AUGGCGAAGCCAAUGAUGAUAUUGCAAGCUCUGUUCCUGCUAGCCAUCCUUCAAGCUCUGCCCAACCACGCUGCUGCUCCCACCGCCACCGCCGACCUUUUCCGGGAAUACAUAGGCGCCGAGUUCAACAACGUCAAGUUCACCGACGUCCCAAUCAACCCACAAGUCGACUUCCACUUCCUUCUCGCCUUCGCCAUCGACUACGACACUUCCGGCUCCCCAUCUCCCACCAACGGCCAGUUCAACGUCUUCUGGGACACCGACAACCUCGGCGCUUCCCAAAUCUCCUCCAUCAAAUCCCAAAACCCCAAAAUCAAGGUCGCCCUCAGCCUCGGCGGCGACAGCGUCUCCAACGGCAACUGCUACUUCACGCCGUCUUCCGUCGACUCCUGGGUCUCCAACGCCGUCACCUCCCUCACCGCCGUCAUCCGGAAGUACAACCUGGACGGCAUCGACAUCGACUACGAGCACUUCAAAUCCAACCCUGACACGUUCGCCGAGUGCAUCGGCCGGCUAAUUACCACUCUGAAGAACAACGGGGUCAUCUCUUUUGCCUCAAUUGCUCCCUUUGACGACCCCGAGGUGCAGAGCCAUUACCAGGCUCUGUGGAACAAGUACGGGAAUGUGAUCGAUUAUGUCAACUUCCAGUUCUAUGCGUACGAUCAGGAGACCAGUGUGGACCAGUUUCUGAAGUAUUAUGAUGAGCAGAGUUCGAAUUACGACGGCGGGAAGGUGUUGGUGAGUUUCAUUAGUGAUGGGAGCGGCGGAUUGUCCCCUGCGGAUGGGUUCUUUAAGGCCUGCGAUAGGUUGAAGAAACAGGGGAAGCUGCAGGGGAUUUUUGCUUGGUCGGCUGAUGAUUCGAAAGCUAAUGGGUUUCGCUAUGAACGCCAGUCUCAGGCUGUGCUAGCAACCCCCAACUAG